AUGGCACCGAUGAAGGUGGUUCUGUUGGUGGUAAAUCUUGCGCUGCUAGUGCUUUGCCAGCGUGCCGAUCGUGAGCCGGGGCCGCUGCUGCUGCUCCGCACGGACGACAUCCUGAACGAGCAUCUGAUGCCACUGACACUGCUCAUGCUGGAUGCACCGGACGGGGCACAGGGGGAAGGUGCCGCCGAAAGCCGUACCAUGGAUCAUGGACCAUUGCCGUUUCGAUUCGAACCGAGCGGUAGUGGCAGUGGCGAUAGUGUGGUGCACACCAACGAAACCAGCUACUCCCGGGCCCUCUCGACCAUGGAGUUCCAUCGCACCAUGUUCAAUCGCUAUCGCUGUAACGGGUUCCUCGCCAACCGUAUCCUACACCAGGCAUACCAACCGGGCGUGCUCACGAAGCGGAUGAGCUCAGCGAGCGACGGUACGGUGCUGCCGUCGGUUUCCAACGCUCUGCUGUACGAUCCGGGUUCGAGUGGGUAUCGCGAGUGGUUGACAAAGACCGCCACCAUGGACGACAUCUAUCGGAACUACCUGUCAGUGGGCGGAGUGGCGGAUGCGGUGGCUGGUGAUGAACAGCAUCCACGGCACCGGACACCAGCAGCAGCCGCGAGUGACAAAGUGGGCAUCGAAAAGGAACCAACCGAGCAGCAGGAGCAGGACCUUGGCUUCGACGAAGGUUUCGUCACGGGGUACGCUGGGGUUCCGACGACCACUGGUGGUGGUGGCGGGCGUUACCAUCCCGCCAGCGACAGCUACCGGCAGCACCACCGUACCAAACCGUCACAGGGCCGCCACUGGGAGUUACUGGAAGGUGAAACGGAGAGUGGGUAUGCGCGGGGCGAUAUGCUGUACUCGGGCAUUCCGGGUGCCCCCCACUACCACCAUCACCAGAGUGUGUUCGAGAGUGAGCACCAGCCCCAGGAGAAACAGCUGGCCAGUAAACACCCGGUGGCCGGUGGUUCGGUCGGGCUGAAGGAUCUGUUCGACAUCGCUCUCACCACGCUCGCCUUCCUGUCGUUCGGUAUGUUCAUCCUGCAGGUCAUCAUGUGCAUCACGAUGACGAAAGGUGAAGCCGGCAUGAUGGUGCUGCCGACGCAACCGAUCGAGGUGGAGGUGGAUGGUGGUGAGGUACGGCGGGAGCGGUUCAUGCGGGAGCUUCCCACCGAACCGGCGCCGGUGGCCGUUCGCGAACUGAACCAGCUGGCUGGCCAUGCGCUCAGCUCGAUCGACGUACUCGUCAUGGCUGGCGACGUUGACGUUGGCUCGGUCGAACGGGCCGCCUGCCUGCAGCGUAGUCUCUGCGUGGCGAACCGCUUCUCCCGUACCCUCACCACCAUCAGCGGUUACUGGGUUUCGCUCUGGAGUCUUGCGGUUUGCUGGAUGGCCGGGGUCACGGAGCGGCCACCCCCGUCCGCCCCCGUUGCACUGCACUGUCUGUCGGCUUCCAUUGUCGGUAUCGGGAAUGGUAACUGCUCGAAGCUGUACCCUUGCCCUGCUGCUCGAUCGUCGAUUUAA